CCUUGGGGAAUAUUUCUGGUCACACCAACGUCCUCUGAUGUUUGGCUGAAGCCGGCUUCCGUAGACGUGGACACUUGCCAAAGUUCAAUGGCUUGUUACCAUAACAACAGCAGACGCCGUUGAGACAUUGAGAAACCCGCCUGAAGCCCGAGUAUCAGCAACUGUGACCAGACUCUGUUCAGUAAAACUCCUGGUCUUCAUCACUCUUCAUCGUCAGCUUUUCGAAAGAGCAUGUCAUCGCCGAGGCUGGGCGUGGUCAGGAAGUCCAUGCUGACCAACCCACUGCUCAUCAAGCCCCCCCUGGGAGAAGUCUGUUCCAGAGGGCUGGUUUUACCUGAACCAGACGUCCCACUUGGAAUCAGGACUUUCAGUAAUGGAAGUGUGGCUGAAGUUCUGUCCAACUGGGGGGUGCAACCCAGUCCCAAGGAGAUCCGGAGCUUUCAAAAUAAAAACUUUGUGUCUCUGAACCGGGAUGCCGUGAGAGCCGGCGUGGUGACAUCCAAAGAGAUGAGUCAGUACCGAGCCCAGAGGGCCAAAGCCCCCAUCCAGAGACGGAGCUCAUCUCAAGACAAGCGCGAGGCUUCAGGACGCUCAGCGCCUGACAUUAAGUUUGGAGUAAAACAAAGGCAGUCCAACAAUAUGGCAGAUAUCCUCUCUCACACUUAUGGCCACCUCUGGCUGGAGAAGCAGCUGAGCAGACCCAGAAAACCUGAAAAGAGGGUCAAACCUCUUGUUCCAGCAGAAACUAGAACCGUCUUGUUGAGGAAGAGCAGAUCGCUGCCGACCAUUAAACAGCCUGUCAAGCUGCCUGAAUUUGCACAGGUGGCGCCAGCUCUCAACACCUUCAGGGACCCAAAGGACCGUGAGCGAGCCCUCAGAACUCAGCAGUUGAGUUUUGAGCCCAGGAAGAAUUCUCCAAACUGAUUUGGAGGAUAUACAGUCCAUAUGUUAAUAAACGAUGAACAUAGUC